UUAGUGCAAGAGAGAUUGGCGGUGCAAAUUGAAUUUGAAAUUCAAACGCAACGUAUACGUACAUACUUUCACUUGCAUUAUUACGGGCUCGUGUGUGUGUCCACCUACCGCGAUCACGUAAGAGUAAAAAUAACUUUCCGCAUAGAACCGAAGCGAUAAUGAUCGGUUUAAUGACAGGGGAAAAAGUGGCGGUGCAUUUUUUAACCAUCUUAUUCGUGCGAUCUGAGUGUUUAUUUACAACUGUGCAAAUUUCAACAAUGGAGGGGAAAUUAUUUAGCCGAGUGGAACUGAUUUAGCUCAUAAUAUUUUCCAUUCUGGUGUUGAGAUGGACUCUCAGCAACAACAAUUCUGUUUGAAAUGGAACAGUUUUGGUACAAAUCUUGCAACAUCGUUCAGCAACCUCUUCAAAUCCGAAACUUUGGCCGACGUGACGUUAUUUUGUGACGGAGUAACAUUUAAGGCCCACAAGCUGAUCCUGGCAGCAUGUAGUAAACACCUAGCCGACUUGUUCGAAACGUCGCCCCCUCACCAAAACCUAAUAAUCAUCCUCGAUGGCACCUCGGCGUCCAACAUGUCCGCCCUGUUGGAGUUCAUGUACAAAGGGGAAGUCCACGUGUCCCAAGACUGCCUGUCCAGCUUCCUCAAAGCUGCCGAAUGCCUCCAGGUCAAAGGCCUGAGCAUCGAGCACGAAAAGCUGGCCGUGGCCCAAAGCCACAUGGACACGACGUUGGACUCCCCACGCAAGCACCUCAAAGUCCUCAAAGAGGAGAUGGACACCUCCUCCAGCCAGCAGCAGUCGAGCCCGUCCCCCAGCUACUCGCCCGCCAUGUCGCCCUACAUGCACCCCCAUCACUACCGGCAGUACGAGCAGCGUAUGCCUGCCACGGGGGCUGCCUUCGAAUCGGCGAUGAAGCGGCCGUUGCGCAGCCCCAGCGAGACUCUCCACGAACGAGCGUCGGUUUUGCGCGAUGGCAGCAAAACGGCCGGACGUCCGGGCAGCCCCCAUGGGCCCCUCUCGCUGGCUUUCAGGCCCUCGUUGCCACUGCAGCCCGAGGCUGACGCCCCGCCGGAGAAUAGGUUCGAUCCGGACCCGGCGACGGCGGUGGUGUGUCCAGAGAGCAAUACUUCGGAGUGCUGCCAAGACAGUGGCUGUGCUGAAGAUUUAAGGAUGAAAAUGGAACCGGCUAUUCAACAAGACGAACCGCCGAACAGUACGAGCGGUAGCAGUGGAGGGAUCAGCAAUAACGGUUCGGCUAAUGGGUCACUGGGACAGAUUAAUAAGUAUGAUCACGAGAGGGAUAAGGAUUUGGUACCGCCGUCGUUGUGGAAUUCUGUGGGAAAAUUGUCGCAUAAAAGCGGAACGGUUAAUACGCCCGAUGGAAAGAAAUUGAAGUGCCCUUUUUGUGAACGAUUGUACGGCUAUGAGACCAACUUGCGCGCUCACAUACGACAGCGGCACCAGGGGAUCCGGGUGCCUUGUCCGUUCUGUUCACGUACUUUCACCCGCAAUAACACAGUGAGGCGGCACAUAGCCCGCGAACACAAAGCCGAAUUGAGUCUGAAGGCGUUUCAGAACCAGCAACAGCAGGUACACAACCAUAAUCCAUAAAGAAACAAAACCAAUGCUGAAACCACAACUACCUGAUAUUUUUAAAUGUAAGGUGCACCCCGAGACGGGCGUCAAAGCUUGAGAUCUGAUGUAAAUAUAAUAUAUUCUCGUCUUGCGCGCCCCUGUCUCGGAUUCAUGACUCUUGUCUGUGUUGUUAUCUUAAAUAUGGUACGUGUCAUUUUUUAUACUUUAGUUAAGGAGUAGGAAAACGUAAGGAGAUAGAAACAAUACGAGCUGGUCUUGUUUUGUUUUUGUAAAAAUGUGCAAGUGCUAAGAUUUAAGCUUUCUUUACACUCAGGUUGUUUACUACAUUUUAAGACCGAAAGAUGAGUUAUUUACAAUAUUCCCAAACGAGCGGCGCGGAAAAAUUUGUCUCGAGGUCUCUAAUUUUUUUCCUUGUACUUAUAUUAUUUUUUUAACUACUUACGUCGAUAGGUUUAAGUAUUAAUUAAGUGAAAUUUUGUAUGCCAGGGUGUAUGUGAAUAUUAACCGUCCUGGCCAUGCGGUUAUAACCGUUAACCCAGAAACUACCUCAUAACUUUAACGGCUGCCUCAGUUUUCUUUACCAUUUUAGUAUCAGCUAGUCAUUUAGUGCAACACAUUUAAAUUUAGAAUUUAGUUACAAUCGAAGCUCAGGUAUGGUAGCAAAUUACUUUUCGCCCCCUUUGAGAAGCUUUAACGAUUUAUUUUCGGUGAAUACAAUUCACGGUAAACGAUGUGAUCCGAUUUUGUUGGCUCAAUUUUUUUCGGGUUUUGAAAAAAGGACCCUGAUUGUGUCACUGCGAUUUUUCCGCCGAUUGGGGUUUAUUGAAGGUAACAACAUGCCAUAAUUGCUAUACAAUGAACCAAAUAGAUAUUAAUUAUAAGCUACUAGUCAUUAAAUCAAUAGCUACUUCUGCAUAACACUACCUCAACAAUCUAUAUAAUGUAUAUUACAGUAUUUUUCUUGUAUUACGGGUCUAUUUUUCAUACAGUUACUGUUGAAUACGUACAGACGACACAAGUGGCUUUUCAGUUACAUCAACUACCUCAUAGAACAUGACAAUUCAUCGCUAAUUUAUUCUAAUCGUAGAUUUUUUUAAAAAGGAAUUAUUAUAUUUUAUAGGAAUUGUAAUCGCACUGUUAUACAAUUGAGAGCUUUUUAUAAGAACGACCACAGUACAAAAUUUCUUUUUUUACACACACUUUUCUCCGGCUUACUGUGUCUCAAGUAGCUUCGUCCUAAUGCACUCAGUUAUUUUGCGAUUUGUUAAGGCUGUAAAUAUGCAUGUCAUGGUUUGCGCUUAAAUUCAUGAAAACAAAAGGGAAUUGUUGUGCUGUAAUUAUAUUUAUUUGAGAAUCUUUUUUGUUUUUGUUGAUUUAAACCAAACAUUGAAAAAAUCUGAGGCAUUCAGGGUUCCAUUUUCGUGUUUUUAUAUAUGUAUGUUAUAGUUACUUUAGGCUUAAAGUGUAAUUAAGUUUAUUCGUAUGUAAUACCCUUCUUUGAGAAAGAAAAGAGAGAAAUUUUUUUGUUGUUGAGAGUUGAUCGUGUCAACUAUAAAAAAUUCGAGUUUUUUUUAAUCUUAUGAAGAAAAAAAAUUGGGUUUGAUAUAUUAUAUGCACAGUGAUUGAUUGGUGAUGGAACUGGACAAAAAUUAAUCAGUGAAAACGGAAUUGUUUCGAUUUUUAUAAUGGAAAAUUUGAGGAUUUGGUCAGUGUUUGAUGGUAAAACCAUGUCCUCGUGUGUUGUAAACGGCUUUUCUAUAAAUUUGUGCUGUUCCUGAUGUUAUCACGAGUCGUUUCCAUCUGUUUUUUACAUGUUUACAUCUACUGUGUCAUAUUGUAUUACUAGUGGCAAUGCAAUGUUAACGUGGCGAUCGAUGUGAAUGUGACGUUUCUUCAUAAUUUCGCAAUAAUCUCAGGUAUUUGUUCAGGGAUUUUUUCGUUUAUUUUUUACAUACAUAUGCAUGUUAUUAUUUUUAAGGCGUGUGCAUGCGAUGUAUGACUGUUAUAUUUCUACUAUAUGUUAUCACAUUUUCAUGUAUGUUACGAGUGUCGGACGUGAAUUUCGCUAGAAGUUCGCCUCCGAUGGGCUAUUUGUAUAUAUUGGCACUCGAAUAAUGUUAUUUGUUGCCUGUUAACUCAAUACAGAGGUCACAAUUUAUAAUAUAAUCGACACAUGUUACGUGACAGUACAAAGAAACAAGAAUUUUUAUGGAAGCAAAAAUUGUAAAUCUACCUCAGACUAAUGUAUUCCACUACUCCUUCGUUGAAAAUGUUAGUACAAACAAUGUAAUUGUAUAUUGUUUUAUAUGCGACUUACCUAGGUGUUUAUGUAAACUCAGGAAUACCAAGAGUACAAAACGCAAUGAAAAAUUUUAAAUAAUAUUGUAAUAGUAUUCAGGGAACGCCAGAAUCUCGUCAGAUUAUAUUGUAAUGUUUAAUAGAUUGUUAUAUUGCGCAUACAUACAUAAUAUUUAGAAGACAUUCUAGGUAAGAGCUACUGUCAUAGAUUAAGGGAUUGUCCUUUAGUCUCUGCAUGUAGUAUGGAUUCUACCAGCAAACGGUACUCGUGUUUUUUCAUUCUUACUAUAUUAUAGUACCUACCCAUCCAAAAUACUAUAUGCUGUGACACUCACUAUGUAACUAACUAACGCAACAGUUAUGUGUUCCUAGACGAUAACAUUACAUUGUCACACUGUUAAAAUUUACACAAUGUAAUGUAAUGUGUACAGCCAUCACGAACCCACUCCUUGCAUUGGGAGUAUAAUUAUCAACUACUUAUUGUAUAUAAGUAAUUUAAAUGCAAGUAAUUGACUAUGUAUUCAUGUUCUGUUUUACUUAUUAAUUUUAAUAAACAAUUUGUCGUU